AUGUUCAACUCCAAUACAUCUACUUCAAUCUCACUGCGUGAGAUACAAUCUGGCACAAUCUCCAAACCCCAUAAAACACUAAAAAAUAAACACUUCAAGUACAGCAAAAAAAAACAACUUCAAGUCCAGUGUACAGUAUUAACAGCGCUCAAAAUGUUCAACAGCUCUAACAACAAUACCUCUCCUAAUCAUCAACCAAUGCCCAAUCUACUUUACCUGAGUAAUUAUGUGAAUCAAUCACAGAAUAUUGGCGAUGCAAUUUUAAAUUAUUUAAACGAGAAUAGAAGUGCACUUGAUGCACCGACACUUUUAAAUAAUAUUCAAGAAAUGGUCAAAUAUCAACAGACACAAGAUAGAAUCAAGCAACAAUCUUCACAUCAUAAAUCCACUUCCUCUCAUGCAUCAUCUUCAAGCUCUAACCAUCACAAUCCUCUUAUAGAAUUAAAGAAAUCAGACGAUUCUUCAAAGAUUGCAAACUCCACUCCGUCAUCAUCCAACUCUUCUGUAAAUAAUAAUACCAACAAACAAAGUCAAUCAGCAUCUAACAUGUUCAGCCAACAAGAUGUGUCACUCUACAUUAAACCUGCAAGAAAAACAGCCAAAUACUUUUUAACUUACAUUCCACCAAAGUUAUACUGUUCUCCAUACAAGUAUGAUCUCAUGUUGAGAAUACCCGUCACUAUGAAUGAAACACAUGAUUUCAUCUUCAAUUUACUUGAUUCUGAAAGUCGCGAAAAAAUUACAAAGAAUAAUAAGGGAGAUGAAGCAUAUUGCAUCGAGAGAACAAAGACGCAACGAAAGAAUUACCUAAAACCUGGAUUUGUUAAUGCUACUUUUCGUCUCAAUUUCUCAAUCUGUAGUUUCCAUAAUAGUAGAAAGCCAUUUUUGAUUAGUGUACAUAUUAGAGCCAAGUCGCUCAAUCAAAAUAAUCACAAUACUGGUGGAGAUAUUGAAUCAGAUCAAUUGAUUUUAAUCAGUGAUCCAUUCUCAAUAUUUGCUAGAAAGACUGGUGCUAAGGGACAAUCUAUUGAGGAUGAUUGGGGUCUUCCAAACCAAUUCAGUGAUUCUUCUAACAAUUCAACAGAGGAAGAAGAGGAAGAUGAAGAAGAGGAUAAAAAGAAGAAGAAAAAGAAGGAGAAGGCAACAAAGAGAAAGAGAAAAGAAGAAGAAAGUAAACCAAAGAAGAAGAAAUCAAUUGCUGAACAAAAGCAACCAGAACCUGAAAAGUCUAUUUCACCACCAGAAGUUUUUAACCAUUCUGUAAAUAAGGAAACUCCAAUUCAAGUCGAUAAUCAAGAUAUUACAACUAAGAUUGUCUCCAAUUAUGACCAGAUUGUUGACAAUAAUCAAGAAGUGUUAAGCUCUGGAAAUAUAUUCGAUGGCGAUCAAUGGUCUCAAUUGUUUGGAAGUACAACACUUUCACCUGAUAUUGCUCCAUUCUUAGAAGAAGAAAUUGUUACAUGCCAACAACAACCACAACCUCAACCUGCAAUAUUCCAACAAUUUGGAACUAGUUCUACUCCUCAACAAUCUCAACCAUCAGCAGAUUUGACAAUGUUACUUUAUCAAGAAUUACUCAAACAAUUUAAUAAUAGAGCACCAAAUCAAAAUGUACAGUUACCUUCAUUCCUUUCCCCUCCACCCACUACUUGUACCCCAGAAACUAGUUGUGCUUCUAAUGAAAUGAAUUGGUCAAGAGAUUAUCAGAAACAGACACUUCAAAAUACCACUACUGCUGAACCAAUUGAUCUUGGAAGACUGAUUCUUUCUAGAAAUGCCAAUCAAACCGCUCCACAACCUAGAGAGCAAGAUGGAAACAAUUUGCUUCUUAGUUUGGACGAAACAUUAUAUAGCAAGUUGUUUGGAUCAAGUUAUGGAUCUAAUCCAAGUAACUACUUUUUCUAA